AUGCUGUUGCUCAGCCUCGCCUUUACUACCCUCUGGUCGCUCGUACUUCCCGUAUUGGGGGAGACAUGUACGCUGUCACCGCUUGGGGAAGGCUACGACGACACUGAGCAGAUCGAGUCCGCGGUAGCCAGUUGCGGACAAAAUGGCAAUAUAGUCUUCGAAGAGGGGGUGUUCAAUGUCACUAGCGCUACCCUCGCUUUCGAGCACAUUGACCAGGACGAUCCUCAGUUCACCCCCGAUGUGGACUACUGGCUCAACGCGUCUAACACGUAUCGCGUCGUCUUCAUUCAGUCCCAGGCCUCAUGGUUCGUCCUCACCGGCUCUAACUUCACUGUCGAUGCGCACGGCACCGGCGGCAUCCUCGGAAACGGCCAGACGUGGUGGUCCUACUUCGCCAAUCGUACCCGUGAGGAUGGCGAUGGACGCCCCAUCUCGUUCACACUCUGGCAGGCCAACAAUGCCACCAUCCGCGACUUUACCGUUGACAGUCCGCCUUUUUGGUGCAACACAGUCGCCGAAUCCGAGAACGUUCUGUACGACGGCAUGAAGUGUAACGCGACAAACCAGGAUCCUGACUGGGCAGGCCAAAACAUCGUGCCCAACACGGACGGUAUCAAUACCUUCCGCGCCGACAAAGUAACGCUGCGUAACUGGGACGUGACUUGCGGCGACGACUGUCUCGCGAUUAAGGGCAACUCGACGAACAUAUUCGCCGAGAACGUGAUGUGUCGAGGAGGGAAUGGUAUUGCAUUCGGCUCUCUUGGCCAAUAUGCGAAUUUGACGGACAACGUGGAGAACGUCGUUCUGGAUGGGAUUACGGUAUACUUCAAGUCAUGGACGGGAACCAAGAGUGGCGACCCUCCGACGGAAGGCGGAGGCGGCACUGGCAAUGUCACCGGGGUUGUCGCACGAAAUGUCGUACUCGACCAAAAUGACCUCCCUAUUCACGUCUAUCAAACCAACGGAGGUCACUCCGGGGACGACCCGUCAACCCUCAUGUUCAGCAACCUGACCUUCCAGAACUGGACCGGCACGGCGACGGGCAGGACAUUGGUCAACCUGGACUGCAGCCCUGCCGUGGGCUGCGCGAACAUCACCUUCGAGAACUUCGAUGUUGCUUCUCAGGGCGACCCGGAGUACCUCUGUGCCAACGUCGACGAGCUAGAGGGCCUGCCAGCCUCACUUCCACUGAAUGCAUGCAACGAGGACGAGGUGAAGCGCCGUCUCGGUGGCUUCUUGCCCCCGCCAUUGUUGACUAAUGGGGUAAUCGGCCGACAGAGUCUAUUGACAACGAAUCAGCCUGCUUCCCCGCCGAAGCAGCAACCCAUUCAUCCCAUCGUGUCGACAAUGAUGGCCGGGUUCAUGUAUGGGCAUGGGUGGCCUGCUAACGGCGGUAAUCCCUACCAUUACCCGUCGCCUGCGGCUCAUCCACCAUAUCACGCUCGACGCCACCGCCGCUCGCUCUCUCUUAUGCAUCUUCCCGCUGAGCUGUUGAACAUCAUACUGCUCAAUGCGCACCCCAUGGCCAUUCUUGCCGUUCGAAAGACCUGCCGCACCCUCUAUCGCGUAUCCAAGGAUGUGGCCUUGUGGAAAGACAUCCUUAGGAGGCUUUGCUUCGCGAACGACAUCAGCUUCUGCUCGUAUCCUGUCGAUUGCAUGUCCCUCGCCCAACUCGAAGGCGCUGCCACGGCCAUGAGCCGUAUCUUACGAGUGGCGGAACCCGCUGGCGGUCGCUACUUGUUCGGAGCUACCGAGGACACUGUCUAUCUCUACGACCUUUGCGACCUCCAGCGUCUGCGCUACCGCUCCACGCCUCGUUGCGUCGCCUCUUACCGAUUACCCGGCGGCAAGGGGAGGAUUCAGACGGUCAAGACGUGGCCCACACCUGAUAAUCAAGGCAUCGAGGUCAUGGUCGAGAACGAGACCUACGUGCCCGAGGAUCAUGUUGUUAUCGUUGUGCUUGCGAUCAACCCUCUGAGCAGAAAUCCAUCCUUCCGCAUGGUGGGACGGUACGAAGAGGAUAGCAGUCGCUUCCAUUCGCGAGUAAACGACUUCAUAUGGAUCUCCGACGACAUACCCAACGAGAAAGCGAUUGUCCUCUGGAAUUUCCGCAACGGCAGGUUCACACGGUGGCACUUGGGGCGCAUACUAGAUACCGUGGUGGCCUCGCGUGAUACAGUCGUAUCUUUCUCUGACGAUCACCUGAAGUCAUACGCAGAUUUCUUGCAGCUGCGCCGCAAUCCUGCGGACGACAGAGGACCCAUUCCGGGAUAUCAGUGCAUGCUCAGACAGACCGCUGGAAAGAUCUCCAGCGACGGCGUCGACCGGGUCUGGUCAUACGGCUACUACGGCACCGGCAGGCAAGGACCGGCGUUCUUCUCUUUCGCGACCCAAGACGAUCUGCUUUACACUCACCGAGUUUUGGACGCUGGCACGGCCACCGGAUCUGACAGAAACCACUGGCCAUCAAAGCAGCUCUAUCGCUCUGAUAUCAGCGGCUACUGGAUGAAAGCCCCACUUAAGGCGUCUGAACAGGACGGGCUCCUUGCCUUCUUCUGGGAGUGGAAACGCAGCGGUUCAUACCGUUUCGAGCUCGAGAAUAAGCCAGAGAACUGGGACGGUGCCUGCUGGUUCUACGUUAUCUCCCGCCAUUUAGAUGAACAGGGAUACUCUGUUGCAUACAACGUCGGACUGCACCAAUGCGGUCGCGAUUUUGCUUGUAUGACCAAGAUCAUCAGCACCUCAUUGUUAAAGACUUCAUCAAUACUCCUGGACGGCGCGCCUAGUCCGUAG